AUGAAGAACUCUGAAUUAGAGGGCUCUUCAGAGGAAAGUGACUCUGACGACAACAUCUCAAAGAGUCUCUCAAAUCUCAUCCUCAAAAGAGUAAAGCCUGUAAACCGACCCUCCACAUGGGAGUUUGAAUUCGACCAGGACCUCAGUCAAGGACAGCUACAACACCUGCUGGACACAAAUCCACAAAAGUUCAAACACUGUAAACUUGUUAUGCAAAGCUUUGAUCUCGCAUACGCCAAGCCCCUCAGUGAUCCAGCAUUCCACAUCAGUGUCAGAGGAAGACAAAAUAUGGGUAGAUCAUUUCCUGGAGAUGAAGUCUGUAUAGAGAUCUUUCAGGAUGAAGAAUGUCCUUUGAAAAAGGACAUAUUAAGUGGGAAAGUUGUAGGAGUGAUCAAGAGAGAUGAGCGACACAGUAUGUUCCUUUGCAAGAUGGUGGGACAAAGUCCACAGAUUGUGACACCUAUUAACAAAUGCAUGCCCAGAAUCCGCACCAUUCAGACAGAGCCUGACAGAAUUGAGGUGAGGGAAGAGGAGCAUGGACGAUGGAUACAAAAGGAAUUUGAAGAGAUUAGGAACAAUCAGUUACUAGCAGUCAAGAUUUUGAAAUGGAAACAACAUUGUCAUUAUCCUCUGGGAGUGGUAACUAAAGUAUUCACAUCUGACAUUGAAACAUCACAUGAAUGGCUAGAUUUUGAGUAUGACCUUACAGAUGAGCCUCCAUCAUAUAAAGCAGAACAACCUAAGCAAGAUGAUGUAAAAAGAGAUGAUUUGCGCAAAUAUAUCACAUUCACAAUUGACCCCCCAGAGGCAGAAGACUUGGAUGACGCCAUUAGCGUGACAGAUAUGGGGGGAACCUAUGAGAUUGCUAUUCACAUCACAGAUGUGGCAAGCUAUGUUACCAAAGACAGUGAGGAGGACAAGUUUGCUCGACAGCGUGGAGAAACAUUUUAUCGACCAAAGUCAGAACCAGCCUACAUGUUUUCAAGAGAUCUGAGUUCUAAUCACUUAAGCUUGCUCCCAGGAAAGGAUCGCAAUGCCAUAUCGUUGCUGACAAUCAUUGAAAAGAAAAACAAUAUGAUGAUAAGUAAAAGGUUCACUUUGUCCCUUAUCAGGUCAGACAAACGAAUGUCCUUAGAGGAGGCAGACAUGGUCAUUCAGGAAUAUUGUCUGAACAGUGAGAGGCCUCUGAAGUUCUCUACUGUGGAAGAGUGCCUAGUUGUAGCCUACCGUUUUUCUGAGAUUCACAGGAGGAGCAGGCUGGAUGGUAAAUGGGGUGCUGGACAGCAGAUUAGACAGAGUAGAUCCCAUUGCAUGGUAGAGGAGCUCAUGAAUUUUUACAACAGUGCAGUAGCUGAGUAUCUCAUCUCAUCAGACCUCACUAGAGACUUAACUCCCCUGAGAUGUCAAAGCCAGCCUGACCCCGAGCAGCUGCAGCAAUUCAAAGAGAGACACAGUGCCCUUAUACCCCUGUCUAUUCGCCUAUCUCAUCUCUAUGAUGAGUCUGAGGAGAGGAAGAACGAUAAACAGGAUGAUAAAAAACAUGCUCACAUGCCCUUCGUUAUCUCCACAACUGUGCUUGAGAGAAUGGAGUCCUGUGCACGUUCCAGAGAUCAUUACACCUUAAUGAAGCUGAUUGCAUCAGAUGAGAUCCAUCCCACACUGUGGCUAAUGUCAAAAGAAUUUCAGCACAUCCAGGGGAAAGCUGUCAUUUUGAGGUCUUGCUCCACACCUGUUUCUAAAUUAGGGCACUACAGUUUACAGCUUGAUUCGUACACUUGGGCUUCCUCCCCUAUGAGACGUUACCUCGAUUUGAUCCUGCAAAGGCUCUUACACUUGGUGCUCUGUGAAAAAAAAAGUGAGGAGGAUGGCUAUAAACAAAGUGAGAUCAAUCAGUUCUGUGAAUCUGGUAUGGAGCAGUUUGAUCGAGUAAAUGAGUAUAAUUUACAGGUGUGGAAUUUGACUACCGGCAUUAAACAUGGGAUCCUGACCAAGCUCGCUGUGGUUGACAAAAUUUAUCCUAACAGGCAUGAUUUCAAGAUCUCAUUUCCACAGAAAUCUGUCUCACGGGAGCUUUCCAUUAUGUACAGACACUUGAAACUUGCUGAGCAGCCUCAUUACAAUGAUGAAGAGCAUUCGGUGACCCUCUGCUGGAAAAGAAGAAUAUACUCCUUUAAAGUUUCUGGGAAGACUGUGAUCCCUAAAUGGUCCAGCAAAAAUGUAACCUUCGUCUCCACUGACACAUGGAAGCAGAUGAUAUCUGCGACUGAAAAAAACGAUUGGUAUGAAAUUGAAAAAUGCCUUGAGGACAUGAAAGCAUGUACAAAGAAAAAUGUUAAGGAGUUGAAAGAUAUUCAGCAGGAGCAUUUUAAAGAGCUAAAACCAAAGCUGAAAGUUGGAGAUGUCCUGGAAGUGCAGCUGAGUGCUGAGGGCCACCUCGGACAAUUAUCUGUGCAACUACUCAACAUCAGUCCAGAGUUUGAAGUCUGCUUGGAGCACACAAGAAAUCCAACGAAAUGCUUUUCUGAAGCAGUACCACAGCCUACAAAGAAAUAUUAUCAUGAUUGCAGAGAGUACCAGAUGAUCUGGCGUCAGCUCUGUCAAAUGGACACAGCUCACAAUGCUGUUGAGGAAAACAACAGCAUCAUUUUGGAAGAUGUGAGGAUAGAAUGGACAAAUAAAGGCAAUCUUAAGGGCUCCUUCAAGAUCACGCAGACAUUGAAAAAACAGUGGUCCCUGGAAUUUGACCUGAUGAAGUGUUUUCUCUGCAUCAGGUUAAGGGAUCAGAACAUGGAGCAAGAGAGUGAAGACAGCACAGAUGAGAGAGGGUUGGAGAACUCUGACCUGCAGGAUUCAGUGCCCUUCACAUGGGUUGCCCAUGGUGUAACUAUUAAACCUAAAAAAGAGAAGAUGGAUGAGGAUGCCAAAAAGUCCCCUAACCUUAUGCACAUCAAAUUUAAAAUCUGUCAGAGACCCAUGGAGUACAUCCCAAGCAUGAUUUUCAAGAAGGAUACAGUGUUUACAGUUGAGGUUAUUCCCAAAAAGAUUCCUUAUUUACUUAGAGAACAAGCUGUUGCCAACUUGAAACGAGCUAAUCACCUGGUGAAGAGUAUUGCCACUGGAGAAUUGAAUGUUGUUAAAUCAGAUGAAAAGGAUCCAGAACAUUUCGUUGAGGAUGAGGUCCAGAAUGAAAACGUGGGCCCGCUUACCUUAAAUAAGAGCCAGAAAGAAGCGGUGGAGGAGGCACUGAAGAAUCCAUUCACACUGAUCCAAGGCCCACCAGGUACAAACAGGAACAUAGUUGGAGUCCAUUUGGUUUAUCAGUUCUACUUGAAGAAUAGGUUGUUUGAAAAUCUAAGAUCAGAAGAGGGAGGUCUGGGACAAAACACAACCAGUAAGGAGAAACCAAAGAAGUGUGGCAUCCUUUACUGUGGGCCCUCUAAUAAGUCUGUGGAUAUUGUGGCUGAGCAGUUGAUGAAGCUGAAGGGUGACCUGAAGCCUUUGCGAGUCUACUGUGAGCAGAUGGAAAUGCGUGAGUUCCCCUACCCAGGCAGUGAUAUGAAGCUCUGUCGCAGGACCUUCCGCGACAAACCAAAGAAAGAGCUUAGGUCCAUUACUCUGAUGUAUCUUAUCCGGAAGCCGGAAAAUUCCCUCUCCAACAAAAUAAAAGAUUUUGAGAAUAAGUUUAAAGGAGAAGAAUACAAUGAUGGUGACAUUGAGAGCUACAGAGCUCUGCUGAAAGAGGCUCGGGAGGAGGAGAUGCGGAAACACAAUGUCAUACUGUGCACUUGCUCUUUAGCUUUGAACCCUUCCUUUAUCAAGACCAUGGACUUUCGACAGAUCCUCAUAGAUGAGUGUGCCAUGGCAACAGAGCCAGAGGCCCUCAUUCCACUGGUCUCACACAAUCCUGAGAAGAUUGUGUUACUUGGUGACCACAAACAGAUCCGGCCAAUUGUGGAGUGUGCCCCUGUGAAGAGGCUGGGGAUGCAGGAGUCUUUGUUUGAACGAUACAUGGACAAGGCCCUGAUGCUGGACACACAGUACAGAAUGCACGAGGGAAUCUGUGAAUUCCCUUCAGUGGAAUUUUAUGAUGGCAAACUGAUGACUCAUAAAAGAAGGAGACCUUGCCUCCUACUUAAGCAAAACAAGGAUCCCACACCCAUACUUUUUGGUCACGUCCAAGGGGAGGAGGUCAGUCUGAUUGUCUCUACAACUGAGGGAAAUGAAAACUCCACAGCCAACCCAGAGGAGGCAAAACAAGCGGUUCGUAUAGCUGGUCUAUUAAUCAAACAUUCAGUGCCACCUGAGAGCAUUGCCAUUCUGACCCCCUACAAUGCACAGGUGUCUAAGAUUAAUCAGACACUAAAAGCAGAGGGGAUUGAGAAUGUCAAUGUAUGCACAAUAAUGAAAAGUCAAGGGAGCGAGUGGCCGUACGUGAUUCUCUCUACAGUGCGAUCUUGCUCACAGGACGAGCUGGGAAUUCAGUUAAACCCUAGUAAAGGCUGGUUGGGAAAGAGACUAGGGUUUAUCACAGACCGUAACCAAGUUAACGUGGCCAUCACAAGAGCACAGGAUGGUCUUUGCAUUCUAGGUAACCGUCACUUACUGAGGUUUAGUGAGCUGUGGGGAAAGCUCCUUAAACACUAUGAGAAGCACGACUGUGUGGUGGAUCCUGCCAAGAACAUCCAGGUCCAGAACCCAAUAACAGAACAAGAAUAA